AUGCAGCGUGUCUAUGGCCGGAAAGGACGAAGAACAACACGAGAACCCCGACUACCUGAAACUGAAACCCCAACCGACACCGAUGACAACGACUCACCGUCACCGGGUCGACGGAAGCGACGCAAGAUUACUGUGGAAGCCAGUCCGCUCACGGCCACACCAGAUGGUAGUCCCAGUAAACGCCCGCAGACACCUAUCCCGGAUUCGUCUCAAGUGAAAGGCCGACUCCAGUCCUCCACUCCAACACGUAAGAGACAGGCCACUCCAGACGAUCUCGCGCAGUCACCCUCGAAACAGCAGCCACUUAGACCUAUGAAGACAUAUGCGGGGCCAUCCCGAUCUUUCCUGGUGAACCUCCCAAUAUCCAGCUUGGACUUGGACAACCUCCACGAUCAAACUCAGGAGGAUAUGUCACAGGAAUCAUAUACAGACCUCCGCAACCGUUGGGGAGUAGAUAAAUCUGAGGAUGAUCCCCUUCCGUUUGAACCGGCUUCUUCCCCGUCCCGAAGGCUGAAGCGCACUUCGAGCGCCUCGUUUCAAACAUCCCUCGGUCACAACUCUAAUGGAGCGCCGAACGAUCUCAAAAGCAUAACGGAGUUAAGAAAUAAGGGUGAAAGUAGACGGUUUAUGGAUGAGGUGGGAUAUCUUUUCGAGGGUCUUGAGAUGUCUAGCGCGAUGGCAUUGCGGCGGACGAGCGCUCUCGAGAUAGUCAACAAGCUUUGUGACCCCGACUUUAACAGACGGGCCAAGGCGUUCGAUUUUUACGUACUAACAUGGGACAAGUUGUCGAUAUCACGGGGUGGAGUGAGUGACAAAAUAUUCGAUGCCAUUUUAUCAUUCUUUGCGGCUUUGUCUUCUAGGGACCCGCAUACCCUCGGAGAUUUAUCACGACGUCCCGAUUUUGCCGAUACGCUUGUUGACAUUCUUGUUUCGCUUCGUGACAAGACGGACGUACUUUCUCUUGCUGCCGCGAACGCGCAUGUAACGGACUUCAAAGCAUGUGGGAUUUCAAGGUCAGAGAUUCUUGUUUUGAAAAAUCUAUCAGGCAUGGUAUCGGAGGAAUUGCAUGAGGGAUCAGAGUCCCAGCCUUCCGUUCGUACCUUGGUCUCCCACACACUAGCUAUGCUCCCUGCUACUCUUGCUGCUCGACACUUGGAUCCCAUACUCGCUAGCCUGGAGGCUGAGCUCAGCCUGGUAGGACCCCGCAUUACAGCCUAUCUAUCUGGAUUGCCCCUACUACCUGUUCCAAGUGAACUAUGCUCUGCAGCUCUAUCCCUCGAACACCUGGAAUCGUGUUUGCGCCUCGUGGACUCUUUCCUACUAGGACAGUGGUCAACAGCAAACUUGGAGGAUGAUCGAGCCGCAGUCUUUCGCGUGGCAUGCGCUGAUGAGCUGGCUUCAAAGUUUCUGUCUCUUUGCGUUCUAUCUCAGGUACAGCUACGCGAAAGCGAGAAUGAAGACCAACGUAUUCUAGCGUGGAAAUGUUUGUGCGGAGCGUUACGCGUGCUCACUCUGCUCUCGCAUGGGGACCUAUCGUGGUGUGAGGCGACACUCGUGGAAGAGUAUUCUCUUCCCUUUGUAGCUUUGGUGGCUAUCCAGUCUCAAUCAAAAUGGCUAGAGAACGGAGAUCAACACCCUGGUGGUGAAACCUUUGACCUUCUAUGCCUUGCACUGGGCCUAUUGAUGAACUGGGCCACCAUGAGUGAAAAGGUGUCCGGUCUUUGCAGAGAGCAGUGUAAGCCUAUCUUGCUUGAAUCACCCAUUUGCCUACUCGCCAUUCUGACAGCGAUCGAUCCUUCUUGCCCUGGAAACCGGCCUUGUAUCCGGGCGUGUCAGUGUUCAGAGAGGCAGUCCAUCCUGCGCUGUCUCACGGCACUCUACGUCCAACACACGUCAACACAUGAGGACAGUCCACCAGAGAAUGUCUUCCUUCGUGGUUAUACAGCAGUCCUUCUGGGCAUACUAAUCAAAGGUAACAAAGCGAGCCUCGACGUCGUCUUGGCUGCGCUAUCUGCCGAAUCAUCGUCUGCCAAGCUCAGAUCAUUGAUAUGCCACUGCCACGCGUUCCUCGAUUCAUAUAAGCAGACAAUGACUUCUCUAAAUGAAGGAACAACUUCCUUGGCCUCUCGGGAUUCCAGAGACCGGCGGAAAGGUUCCUGGGAUAAGAGCGGCGAGGAAAUAGCGCGCGGUGUGAUUGCAUCUCUAGAAUCAUUAUGCAGUAGCUCCUAGGUUUUACUAUAAUAUUGAAUGAUAAUCGUCAUGGUUCAUGUGAUGUCGACUUCCGCCACCUGCGCAGUAGCGUCGUCAUCGUCCAGUUCGGUAAAGUUUUGUUCUAUAGCGGGCAUGUAAGCGUGCAUCUUCCGCAUAUCGCCGAUGCGGACGUUCGCAUGAUCAAAGGCGAGCGCGACGAUCGGCUCUCCAGGCUCAUAGUUCAUGAGCAUGGACUGUGGCAUCGUUGGAUAUCUUGCUGAGAAGUGGGUCAGGAGAGUGCUGUGAGCAUUCAUC